CUAACGUAAUCGGCAUUACAGAUGGUAUUCUGGGAAUAGGUGUGUUAUUGGAUAAUUUACAACAAUCCCGAUGGAAAAACGAUUCCCACACUUGUCUCCACGAUGUAUCAGCAAGGGCUGAUCAGGCAUAAUGUAUUUUCCGUCAAAUUUGAGCCCGUCAAUUUUACGCUGGCCAGUAACCGGAUCAACGGCGCGAUCACGUUUGGUGGAGGCAAGUGCACAAAAUGUAAGCAUCAAGCAAUGGAAUCAUUGUAAUUAACAAGUUUCUGUGUCUAGUGAAUAUGGAGCAUGUCAAGGGCAAUGUUACCUAUCUACCUACCACGGCAGAUUUAGAUUACAUGGAUUAUUGGGCAGUGGACCUCACUGCUAUCACGGUUGGCAAUCUUACCAUGCAGUUCGAGCCUGAAUUGGCGUGUUUGGUGGAUACAGGAACAACCCUCGUAUAUAUACCUCAGCAAGCAAUACAAGAAGUGUUCCGAGACAUCAGAGGAUUAAUUCAAGAUGAUGCAGGUCAAUAUGUCGUGCCUUGUGAUGGCCAAUACUUGCCAUCCAUUACUUUUACAAUUGCAGGUCACGAUUUUGCUCUUGAUCCACAGGAUUAUCUCAUUAAAGACGGAGCGCUUGCUUCUUCAUCCGAGGGUUGUUACACGUAUUUACAGGAAUCGCCACCGUUUGCAGGCGCUAUUCUUGGCUAUGGAUUUCUGCAGCGAUAUAUCUCUGUAUACGAUGAUGAAAAUAAGCGCAUUGGUUUUGCAUCUCGCCUCUAAACUUGUCUUCAAAAAUAGUUUUCCAUAGCAACGGAUAUAAUAGAAUUAGGGGAAUAUGUUUGUUGUAAAAAUCUUGUCGAGAGUGCAUGAGCUGAUCACGAUGCACGCGUGUUCUUGGAGACUUCAUCUUGCAAUGUGAGUUUGAUUUCGGAUUGCGGCCGCAUUAUGUUCAUCCUAUGCUGUACUGAAGCCUUCCUUCCGUCAUCCACUUAUGCGCAUGUUUUUAUGCGGGUAAUAUAUGAAGGAAUAUGGCUAAAAAGCCAUGGAUUGGGAAUGGGACUCAUCGACCCCGACUCUAAGAGCAUCAGUAAGAUUACAAGAUUUCCUUGCACAGUCAUAUGUAC